UCCUGUACAGUACUGCCACGCCACCUCGCUUAGCUUUCGAGUUCGAUUCAGUGAUUGAUCUUAGUAAAUUUUAGGAUCUUUCUUCAGUUGCAGUAGAUAUAGAUUGAAGUCUGUCGACGAAAUGCUGCCUUUGCAAACAUAAUCAGACUGAGCUGAAGUGAAACAAGGUCAAAAUAUUGUCGCCUGUGUCAUAUCACCAUUUUCCAGAGGACUAAAUCUCUGUAGAGUGCAAAGGACAUCUUACACCAUGGAUGGAUUCUGCCUUCUCUAUCUGCUCCUGAUCCUCUUGAUGAGAUCCGGUGACGUUGAAACCAAUCCAGGUCCUAACACUGCAGUAAGUAAUGUCAGUGACAUGGAGUUCCUGCAGCUGGCCCAGGCUAUCCAACCAUCUUACUACAACGCUGUAGGGACAUCUCUAGGUUUCCCUUAUGCUCAGCUAGAGAACAUCCUGUUUCAGAAGUCAAAUAGCCAUACCAACGCAUUUUUUGAUGUAUUCAUGAAAUGGAAUGUCAAGCAGCAACCACCACACUCAAACAAACGGCAGCUUUUGGCAGACAAACUACGAGAGAUUGACUUGGGUGGCCUGUCAGACAGAUUACUCAAUGAGCCUCUAAUUCCUAACAGCACAGGAGGGCCAUCAAGACUGCUCGAAUCACAGAACAAACCUCCUUCAGCUGAAUCUCAGAACACACCACUUUCUCCUGAACUGGUUGAGCGGUGUGCAAAUGAUUUCAAGUUCAAGUACAGGUCAACUCUCUGUAAGAUCAGAGCUGAUCCUCUCAAGCCUUCUUCUCUUGUGGGUUUUGAAAAACUAUACGCAAAUCUUGUAUUGGAAGAAGAGGAUGGAACUGGCAAGCAAAUAUUAGAUUACAACAAUUUUCUUGAUCUCAAAGUCAAUGGAGAGUUCCCCAAGCGGAUCAUGGUUCAGGGAGAGGCAGGGGCUGGAAAAACUACAUUUUGUGCUAAGAUUGCCUGGGAUUGGAUUGAAGGGAUGUAUUUCAGUCACUUUGUGUGGGUCUUGAUUGUUCCUCUACGUGAAUUUAAGCAACAUACUAUUGGCAAGAUUGUAAAGUCUUAUCUGGCCAAAAACAAUCCAGCAACGGUUUCUCAGAUUACUGAGUAUAUCCAGUCGAAUCCUGAAAGGGUAUUCAUCGCAUUCGAUGGGCUAGACGAAGUCAGUGGCGAAAUCAUGAAGCCAAAAUCUUGUGAAUCACAGUCUACAGAUCAAAUGCAACUUCAGCCAUCACAGCCAAGUGUCAACUCUCCAGAGGCAUAUGGAAGCUCAUCUGAGACUGGUGAUAUAGGACUUGUAGAUAUUCUUUGUUCGGAUCAACUUGCCUCUUGCCCUGUCUUGGUUACCACUCGCCCUUGGAGAGCAGUAGAGAUUAGAUCAGAUGGUGAUCUAAUGAAGCUCUACACAUUCAUUCAUGUUGAGGGUUUCAACAGAGAGAAUUUGUCAGCUUACAUUCACAAAUACUUUCCAAAGAAUGAGGAUAAAGCAAAUCAGCUUUUCCAGUUCACCCGUGAGAAUGAUGUCAUAUCUGAAAACAUGGCCCACUAUCCUAUAUAUGUAGCCAUGUUGUGUCUUAUGUGGAAAGAACUUGGUGAGCAAAAACUAAGGGAAAUGAAAUCACUGAAAACUUUUUCUCAAAUAUUCAAAACAAUGAUUGCCUUUCUAAAAGAACAUUAUGCUCAGAAAGAGGUGAAGAAAGUAGGCAGCCCCUCACUUCUUGCCUCUUUGAAAAAAAUUAAUGAGCUCCUUGGACCAAUUGCCAAACAGGCCCUCAAUGGUCUGCUAGAAAAUACCUUGGUUUUCGGUGAAGAUGAUUUCAAAAUAUGCCCAGAAUCCAAGGACACUGCCUGUAGGGUUGGGAUUUUGUCCCAGGAGGACAGAAUUACCACUAGCAUGGACAUACAUCAGGGAAAUUCUUAUGUGCAAUUGCCAGUCUUCUUCCCUCACAAACUGUUUCAGGAGUACAUGGCUGGAGUCCAUCUUGCUUCCCUGUAUGAAUCAGAUCAUAAUGAAUUCAACAGGCUGAUUGAGCAAGUAGUGCUGCCAUGGAAGGAGAGGUUUAGGUAUCUCCUGUACUUCACUGUGUCACAGAACAAAAGUAUUGCCACCCAUGUAAUGAAGUCUAUGCUUCAGGAUAAAUACAUGGACAGAGGGGCUUCACAUGAACAGAUAGAUUUCAUUGUUGAUGUAGCCUUUGAGAGUCAGGACCCAGAUGUAGCAGCCCUGGUGAGGGACAGAGUUUCAUCAGAGGAGAUUAAGCUGACCAUAAACAAAAACAUGACAGCACACACUGUAGCUGGUUAUGCAUUCGUUGGACCACAUGUGGUUCAACUCUGUAUUCAGAGAGAUUGUGGACCUACUAUGUCACUUGAUGUGGCAGAGAUGAUAUGCUCCAUGCCAUCCUUGAAAGAAGUUUUUCUUCUAGAUGCUGCAUUCCAUCAUUGUUUUUUUGAAACACUUGCAAGGACAGGAAAAGAAUCAAAGGUGAGCAAGCAGUUCAUUCACAAUUUUGAUAUAUGUUUGAGUUUAAUUUAAGUUAAUUCCAUUACCAUCUCUUCCUUUUUCUAAUCUACAUUUUACUUUUCUGUAAUUCCUUUCAAUAUCUCAUAUAUGGUGGUUCUUUUGACAGAAUGUGAAGAAAACAAAACGGCCUAAAAAACCCUCCAUCC